GUAACACGGCCCAGAGCUCUGUGCUCUCCCUCGUAGUGUAUUUUUUAGCUCUGCCUCGGUUGCUUCCCUUCCCCUGUGCCGCCAUUAAAGCCCGUCAGCUUCGUGUUUGGGAGUCGGGAGAAGCAUGAAGAUGAUUUAAAGCGUCAAAACAACCGAGCGAGGGGACGGGACUAGGGGGGGUUUGUUGCUCCGCGGUGUGUAUGGACCUUUAACUGCCAACUAAACGGCGCCCAAAUAAGUAAAUAUGCGGUUAGUGUCGUCCAAGUGAGAGGAGCCCGAGUCCGGAUUGGAGUGGGUUUCUCUGCCGUUGGGGGGGCGAGGGGGCUCGCGGAAGCUCCAUUUGUUUUGGCUGCAGUGGGAAACUGAGGAGUGUAAACAUAGCAAAGCAAAGUGUACUGCUUGCUGUGUGAUCUCCUUAAGAGUGUGUCUGCCGAGCUGAGGAUCCCUCUGACCGGCAGGAAGCCUCCUUCAGCGUCGGUGCGACGAUGACCGAGCUGGUUGCCAAGUGGCCCUGUGAAUACUGUACAUACGAGAACUGGCCGUCAGCCAUCAAGUGCACCAUGUGCCGCGCUCAGAGGCCUAGCGUGGGUGCUAUCAUCACUGAGGAGCCCUUCAAGAGCGGCCCCCCUCUGGAUGCCAGUCUGCACCAGUGGGACCCUGCAGGCCUCAGCAACAGCCCAACCCAGGGGGGAUCCAGCCUACUUAUUUGCCCAGACUCCAGUGCCCGACCCCGCGUUCGCAUUGCUGAUGUACCUGAGACUAGUAGCAAGUGGUCAUGCCACAUGUGCACCUACUUGAACUGGCCUCGGGCCAUCCGCUGCACCCAGUGCCUGUGCCAGAGGCAACACGCUCAACACCAAAAGCAUGGGCAGCACAGAGCCCACCAGGGACAUAUCACCCAGCACCCUCGCAGCCCCACAGAAUCACCCCAGAGCUCAGGCUCCGGAUGCCGCCCUGCUCCCUCAGCCACCAUUACAGACCCCUGUGAGGAAUAUAAUGACCGCAACAGGCUCAACACUCAUGCACAACACUGGACCUGCACCGCCUGCACUUAUGAGAACUGGGCCAAGGCACUUAAGUGUGUGGUGUGUGAUCACCCCAGGCCAAAUAGUAUGCUGGCUGAACCCAUUGAGCUAGCAUCAGAGCCUGAGAUUCACCAACCUUCCUCAAAACGUAAUGAACAGGAAAGGGACAACAGGAGGGGUGUCAUUGGGCAUGUGGUCGGGCAAGGAGUAGUGGGCGUGCUAGGGGGGGUAGUGGGUUGUAGCAGCAGCCAAAGAAGGUCACCUCCGACCUCAAAAACGGAGUCAGAGGUGAACAUGGACUUUCAGAGGAUUGAAGUGGCAUCAGGAGCUGGGAUUGGGAUUAAAGAGGAACUGGAGGUGGAUUUUAAAAAACUGAAGCAGAUUAAGAACCGGAUGAGAAGGACUGAUUGGCUCUUCCUCAAUGCCUGUGUUGAUCAUGCAGCAGAGGCAUUGUGUGUGGUCCUUUGACGCGAGAACAAAAGCUCAACAGUGUUUGAUGCUUUCAAAAAGUAC